GAAAACAAGUCCCAAGUUUUAUUUUAUUUUAUUCUUUUUCAUAUUCUUUUUUCCGUCCUGGUGGAAGUGCGCUUUCCACCUACCAGAGACUUUGGAGAAAAGUGUCACGGGUUGGUGCAAAAUCCUCUAAGUUCAAGAAGAGAUUUGGAAGUCCAAGUGGCCAAACAGUUUGGAGAAGUGAGAGACAGAACGAUAUUUUUUUUCUUUACCUCUUAAAUUUUUUUUUAAAUACUGGGGGGAUUUCAUCUAGUGCACGACAUCAACAAGAGUUUUUUUUUCUUUCUAAAAUUUAAAUUUGAAAGUUUUUUUAAAACUAGAAGAACAAAAUAAAGAAGAAGAAGAAGAGGAGGAAGAGGGGGCAAGAAAGAAAGGAGGAAAAAAAGGAGGCGGGGAGCAGCAGCGGCUUUAACCUCCACCCCCCCCCUCCCCUCUCCAUUCCCCCCAACCGGUACAGCUCUCCGGGCGAUGUCAGUGUAAAUGCCAGGCAAUGUCCCGCCGCAAACAGGGGAACCCGCAACACUUGUCACAAAGGGAGAUUAUCACACCAGAGGCUGACCAUGUGGAAGCCGCCAUUGUCGACGAAGAUGAAGGUCUUGAGAUAGAGGAGCCGGGUGGCCUGGGGCUGACCGCAGGUGGUACAGAUCCAGACUUGCUGACCUGUGGACAGUGUCAGAUGAACUUCCCCUUGAGAGACAUCCUGGUGUUUAUAGAGCACAAGAAGAAACAGUGUAGUGGGAGCCUUGGUGUUUGCUAUGAGAAGAGCCUGGAUAAAAGCAGUCCUCCCCCUUCGUCACGCUCCGAGCUCAGGAAAGUGUCAGAGCCAGUGGAAAUCGGGAUCCAAGUCACCCCGGAUGAAGAAGACCGUCUACUGACGCCCACAAAAGGAAUUUGUCCGAAGCAGGAAAAUAUUGCAGGGCCUUCCAGGCCUGCCAAGCUGCCGGCAGCUCCCAUAACUGCCUCCUCCCACCCUCACACAUCUGUGAUUACGCCACCUCUCCGCACCCUGGCCUCUCUCCCACCCUGCUUUAGCCUGCCCUGCUGUGCUGGCCAUUCAGUCUCAGUUGGUGGGACUCAGGCUGAGAGUCAGACUGAGACUUCAGGCACCUUUGGAUGCCAUUGUCAGUUGUCAGGUAAAGAUGAGCCUUCAAGCUAUAUUUGCACAACAUGCAAGCAACCUUUUAACAGCGCCUGGUUCUUGCUUCAACAUGCCCAAAACACACAUGGAUUCCGCAUCUAUUUGGAAACAAGCCCUUCAAACAGUUCCCUUACUCCACGGAUCACCAUCCCUCCUCCUCUGGGACCAGAGGCUGUUGCACAGUCCCCGCUGAUGAACUUCCUCGGAGAUAACAACCCUUUUAGUCUCUUACGAAUGACAGGCCCCAUCCUGCGAGACCAUCCCGGCUUUGGCGAGGGCCGGCUCCCCAACACUCCCCCACUUUUCAGCCCACCACCCCGUCACCAUCUGGACCCACAUCGCCUUAGUGCCGAAGAAAUGGGGUUAGUUGCCCAGCAUCCCAGUGCCUUUGACAGAGUCAUGCGUUUGAACCCCAUGGCAAUCGAUUCGCCAGCGAUGGAUUUCUCCAGGAGGCUCCGAGAGCUGGCGGGGAACAACUCGACCCCUCCUCCAGUCUCACCAAACCGCAGCAACCCUAUGCAUCGCUUAUUGAACCCCUUUCAGCCAAGCCCUAAAUCACCUUUUAUGAGCACCCCUCCACUGCCCCCCAUGCCUCCCAGCAGUACGACUCCUCCCCAACCUCAGGCGAAGAGUAAAUCCUGUGAAUUCUGUGGGAAAACGUUCAAGUUUCAGAGCAAUCUCAUAGUCCAUCGCCGGAGUCACACAGGAGAAAAGCCCUACAAAUGUCAGCUCUGUGACCACGCUUGUUCCCAGGCCAGUAAGCUAAAGCGUCAUAUGAAAACCCAUAUGCACAAAGCCGGCUCCAUGACGGGCAGGUCGGACGACGGACUCUCCACCACCAGCUCCCCGGAGCCGGGCACCAGCGAGCUCACCGGGGAGGGGCUGAAGUCCAGCGAGGCUGACUUCAGGAACGAAAGCGACCCCUCCCUGGGCCACGACAACGAGGAAGAGGAGGAGGAGGAGGAGGAGGAAGAGGAGCUGGAAAACGAGAGCAGGCCCGAGUCCAGUUUCAGCAUGGAUUCCGAGCUAAGCCGCAAUCGAGAAAAUGGCUCCAAGUCUCUCCCCGACGAGAAGUCCCUCGUUCUGGGGAAGGUGAUCGAGAACGUCAGCCUCGGCGCCAUCCAGCAGUACAACGACAUGCUGGCCGAGAAGCAGAAGAGGAGCAGCUUCAUGAAAAGGAGCUCGGACCAGCGGGACCUGUGCUCUCGAGACCUCUGUCAGAGAGACACCGGCGACGAAGACUCGGUGGCCGGGGAGCUGGACCGCACCGAGGAAGGGACCGUCAACGGGAGGAGCUUCGGCCCAGGCGAGCCCUUCCCGGGCCUGUUCCCCCGCAAGCCGACGCCCAUCACGAGCCCCAGCUUAAACAAUUCAUCCAAGAGGAUCAAGAUAGAGAAGGAUUUGGACUUGCCCCCCACCACCAUCAUCCCUUCGGAAAAUGUUUACUCCCAGUGGCUGGUGGGCUACGCGGCCUCGAGACACUUCAUGAAGGACCCCUUUCUCGGAUUCACAGACUCCCGCCAGUCGCCCUUUGCCACCUCCUCCGAGCACUCCUCCGAGAACGGGAGCCUGCGCUUCUCCACCCCGCCGGGGGACAUGCUGGACGGCGGCCUCUCGGGGCGCAGCGGGACGGCCAGCGGAGGCAGCACCCCCCACAUCAGCGGCCCCGGGCCCGGCCGGCCCAGCUCCAAGGAGGGCCGCCGCAGCGACACCUGCGAGUACUGCGGCAAGGUUUUUAAGAACUGCAGCAACUUGACGGUCCACCGUCGGAGCCACACGGGGGAAAGGCCUUACAAAUGUGAGCUCUGCAACUACGCGUGUGCCCAGAGCAGUAAGCUAACCCGCCAUAUGAAAACCCAUGGCCAGAUAGGAAAAGAGGUCUACCGGUGUGAUAUUUGCCAGAUGCCAUUCAGCGUUUAUAGCACCCUGGAAAAACACAUGAAAAAAUGGCAUGGAGAACAUUUGCUGACAAAUGAUGUGAAAAUAGAGCAGGCCGAAAGAAGCUAAAGGCCCCCACGUCCCCUCUCUUCCCUCAUCCCCAGCAUCCCCUUCCCUCCUCAUUCCCAACUGGGUUAAAUCAGGGGUCUAGGUUACAUUUAAUUUGUACAGUUUAACUAUUGCCAACUGAGAAAAUGCUGACUUAAUUUUUGCCUCCAUAAACAUAACUUAGCAUAACUAUCGUAGGUGCCAGGAAAUGGCACUCAAAUUUAACCUGUGUCUACAAAGUUCUAUUAAACCUGAGGGUUGAUUAAGGCAGUAAAAAUUGUGGAGCCUUUUAACUGUGCAAUAAUUUCUGUAUUUAUUGGGUUUUUGUAAUUUUUUUUUUUGGCAUGUGCAGGUACUUUUUUAUUAUUAUUCUUUCUGUUUAAAUUUCUUUUCAAAUUUUGUUGGGUAUCUCUUAUUAAUUUUACCCAGUAGUAGCCUGAGAUUACUUGCAUUGUAGGGGAGAAACAUAUCUUUUAAAUUAUAAUUUUUGGGCCGCUGCUUUUUUGAAAUUUAAGCUACGCAUGUGUAAUUUCUUGUGAAGAAGCCAACACUUAAAUAACUUUUAAAGUUGUUUUUUCCCUUCCCCCCCCACCAAGACACAUACACAAAAAUAAAAUAAAGGAAAAAAAAGGCAAGCAAGUGGGGAGUAUGGGGGGGGGCGGGGGAGUACAGCGGAUAACAAUCUUUAAAAUUGUAGCACUUUCUUUCGGAAUUGGAUCUGAAAUGUAGCACUGAUGAAGUCAUGUGUGACUGAGGCCUUUGUUUUGCUUUGUUUUCAAAUAGUUUUCAACAUUCAAGUUUUGUAACUGGAAAAAAAGACAAAAUGAAACAAAAAAUAAUCAACCCCACAAAAAUCGUCCCCAUGAAAUAAAGCAGGUUUUGUGUAAAGGCAGCCAUGGUCAGUAGCAUUCUUCGAUUGUGCAUUAUCGGCAGAUAACGUGACUUUAUCGGACUGUUGGUGAUGCCCUGAGAUGCAAAGUGGCUAUCACUUGUCUUAGAAUAUCCAACCUGGUCAAGGUAGAAGGACCAUCUAGAUGUGAGGAAGAGUGUUCCCUGUAUUCAUAGGGAAGGAAGAAAAUGAUAAAUUGUCUCCUAGCUUAAAUUGUCUUUUUUCUGUAGUGUAGAGCUAUUGAAAUCAUUAGUUAGAUGCUUCUUUAAGGGCUAACUGUUAGCUUCCAAAUCAGGAAAAAGUCAAGUAUCGAUAACCCUGAGGAUCUGAAGAAGCUAGAGUUAUCUCUUGUAAUGCACAAUGGUGCUAUUGUUAAGGAGAGAAAACAUGAAAAUUUUCUGGUCCUUUGGUCAGAACUGAAAUUCUGAAAAAAAUUAGGAUGAAAGGUACCUUCCCAUAUUUUUCUCCCUAGCCCAUUAGGACAAACAAUACUGAACCGAGAACAGUUAAGGUUAGACAUUUUAAUUAUGUUGACCUGCACUUUAAAACUUUUGUUUGCAUAUAAAUUAAAUGGCUUCUAAACAAGAAAUUGCAGCAUAUUUUACUUGGCCCAGAGGUGGGUUAAACUGUAAGGGGACGUCUGAUAGAUUAAGUGUCAGUGUUGCUAAGCAUGGCAUUCACAAUACUGGCACUAUAAAGAAAAAAAGAUAAAAUAAUAAUUUAUUGGACAGUUUUUCUACUGCCAUUCAAUUUGACGUGAGUGCCUUGAAAACUGAUCUUCCUAUUUGAGUCUCUUGAGACACAUGCAAAACUUUUUUUUUUUUUGUGAAAUAAAAAGACUUUUGCAAAAGAGUAAAAACCAGAAAAGUACAUUCUUUACAAACAAACAUACAAAAAAAAAAGCCACAUUUACUUUAAAAAAAGAAAAAAAAAUCCUGGUUGAAGAUAGAGGACAUGAAAAAUGCCAUAAGACCCAAUCCAAUGAAGAUGUAUACCCAGCACAACUUCGGACAUCCAUUGGCUGAAUUAUUCUCAGCUUGGUUUUUUUUUUCCAGGACAACGCUGCUUAGGAAAUGGAAUGGAGGUGACUUACUGCUGAAUUUAAACUCAAGUGACACACGUUACAAGUUGUUAUCGUUGAAUGAAAAAAAAAAAAACAAUU